AGCUUUUUCAGAGGCGGCGGAAGAUCACGAAAAUGGCGGCGGUGUCCACAGUUUCAAUGCAGGACAGUAGCCCAGCAAGAGAACUUGGUAUUCAGACUGGUAGUGCCCUAGUAGUCGGAGAUAGGAUAAAAGUAGAGGAGGGAACAGAAGCAGAGAAGCAGAGUCGGAUGAAUGCCCUGCUGGAAAGGCUCCAUGCUAAAUACAAUACUGCACGCCCAUGGCAGGAAACCAGCAAGGUGGUCCGGCAGGCUAUGGAGAAGCGUGGGGUAAUGAAUGCUACUGGCCAUCAGCUUCUUCUCACAUGCCUAGAAACGCUGCAGCGUGCCCUGAAAGUGAUCUCCCUGCCCUCUAUGACGGACCGUCUUGAGUCCAUUGCUAGACAGAACGGGCUAGGCUCCCACCUCAGCCCCUCUGGGACAGAGUGCUACAUCACAUCAGACAUGUUUUACGUCGAGGUGCAGCUAGACACGGGAGGACAGCUGGUAGAUGUCAAGGUGGCGCAUCAUGGAGAGAAUCCUGCGAGCUGCCCAGAGCUUGUCCAGCACCUUCGAGAUAAGAACUUUGAGGAAUUCUCCAAACACCUCAAGGGUCUGGUCAACUUGUAUAAACUCCCUGGAGACAACAAGCUUAAGACAAAGAUGUACCUGACCCUACAGUCCCUGGAGCUGGACCUCACAAAGAUGAUGCACAUGUUCAGGUUGGCCACAAAUGCCAACACUCUGGACACCAUCCUUUAUGGGAGCGUCGGUCUCCUGACAGCUCGCAGUGGAGGUCACCUGUUGUCAUUGCAAUGCUACGUGUCACCGUAUGAUGUCUUCGAGGAGGGGACGAGAGCACUGCUGAACUUCACUGAUUCCAAUGUGCCUCGCUCCCUAGGCAUCAGCAUGUCAGUGACAGUGGAAGGCACUUCCUCAGUGUACAAGCUGCCCAUUGCCCCCCUGAUCACUGGCUCCCACCCUGUGGACAACAAAGGAACUCCUUCAUUUUCUGCUGUGACCAACUCAAACUCUGUGGACCUACCAGCCUGCUUCUUCCUGAAGAUCAAUCGGCCCACUCCCUGCUCGCUGUCGUUCAUACAGCGCAUGGACACCAUUACAGGCAUCUCUGUGUUUGAAACCUCCCCUGCCCUGGCUCCGCUGUAUGAGCUCAUUGUGCAGAGCCAGCUACAGGACGAGGGGGCGGGCCCUAUGCCAAGCCAUGCACACACCAUGCGCUUCUAUGCGUCUCUGCCCGGCCAGCAGCACUGUUAUUUCCUGAACUGUGACGCACCAGUCCAGGAUGGGCGGUGCCUGCAGGGGGCACUGGUGUCUAAGAUUCCCUUCCGGCACCCUGCACAGGUGCCAGCACUGCUGGAUGUCAUCCGACACCAGGCUGCAUACAACACACUCAUUGCUAGCUGUGUCAAGAAGACACUUAUCAAAGAGGAUACACCGGGGCUGCUGCAGUUUGAGGUUUGUCCACUGACGGACUCCAGCUUCAGUGUAUCCUUUCAGCACCCUGUCAACGAGUCCCUGGUUUGCGUGGUCAUGGAUGUGACUGAUUCAAGGCAGGUAUCCUGUAAGCUCUACAAAGGUGUCUCUGAUGCCCUCAUCUGCACAGAUGACUUCAUCACCAAGGUCGUCCAAAGGUGCAUGUCCAUCCCAGUCACCAUGCGAGCCAUCCGGCGCAAAGCAGAGACCAUCCAGGCUGACACCCCCGCCCUGUCCUUGAUCCAGGAGACUUUGGAGGACAUGGUGAAGAAGAAUCUGCCUCGUGCCUGCAGCCCCUGUUAUGGCAUGGGUUCCGGAGGUAGCGGGAGCAACCCCAUGAGCCUCUCAGGGGCCGGAGGGGGGAACACGCCUACUGGAGGUGGCGGCAUGGGAAGCAGUGCUGGAGGAGGGCCCUCCUUUACAGGCCCAAUCAACUCGCUGUUUGGCAUGAGCAGGGGCACGGGCUCCCUGUCGGAGGGCAUGGGCCAGAUCGGCGGGGGCCAGCAGCAUCAGGUACAGCAGCAGCAGGCUGCUCAUGGAGAUGACUUCAGUAAAGUCACUCAGAACCCCAUCCUGACAAGCCUACUUCAGAUCACAGGCAGCGUGGGCUCCAGUCCCACCCCUCAGCCCCCCUCCUCUGGGCCCCAGCCCCACCAGACCCCACCCCCAACCUCCUCCCCUGCCAGCAACACAAAGAACCACCCCAUGCUCAUGCACCUGCUGAAGGAUAACCCCUCCCAGGACUUCUCAGCCCUUUACAGUUCUGGACCUCUGGAGAGGCAGAACUCAUCCUCGGAGUCACCUCGCACCGACGGCCUGGGGGGCACUGGGGGGGGCACCAAGCCAAAGAAGAAGCGAAUGAGGGGGACUGAGAAGAGUGGAGUGUCCGGGGCAGCUAUGGGCAUCAAGCAGCAGCAGGGUGGGCCCAUGCAGCACCACCACCCCACUGAGGAUGACUUCCACCGCGAGCUUUUCUCUAUGGAUGUGGAUGCCACCCAGAACAUGUUUGACGUGAAUCUGCCAGGGGAUGGCCUGGACACUCCCCACAGCAUAACACCAGCCCCCAGUCAAUGUGGCACCCCCCCUGCAGGGCCCAGCAUGCCGUAUCACGCCCCAGCCCACACCCAGGCCCAGUCACAGCAACAGCCGCCACCUCAGCCACCCCCCUCAGGCCCCAACCUGAACCGCAUGACGCGCCUCUCCAGCUCUGACAGUAUCGGUGCUGACAUCAAUGAGAUCCUUUCGGACCUCCCCGACCAAACAGCGAAAGGAUCGGUGGGUGGUGGGGCCAGCGCUCACGGUCAGCACCACCUGAGCGGGGAGGACGCAGGCCCGCUGGGCACUCCACUGAGGGACUCCUCUAGUUCAGGCCAGGGCAGUGCUGUCUUUGAGUCCGACUUGUUCAACGCAGGUAGCAACGAGAACCCAUUCCCAGACGCUGCUGACCUCAUUGCCGAGGCAACCACAGCAGCCACACCCACCAGCGACUCCUCCUCCACUAACUUCUUCCCAGACACGGUGGACUUCAACCCUGACCUCCUGAGCACCCAGGGCUUCCACCAGUCCUACUUUGGGGACAGCUCCCCCAGCGCAGACGGGGACCUCGACCUGGGCAAGGGCUUUGGGGGCAGCCAGCAGAAUACCCCUAUAGGGACGCCCCAGAACCCAACUCCACAUGGGCGCAGCAGCCCUGACCCCCCCCUCAAGGAUGCCUUUGACAUGAAUGUCGUCUUUGGGGGUGCGGGUGGAGGAGGAAAGCCCCUGCUUGUGCCUGCCCCUGAUCUGGGGGACCCACACUCGGGAGGGGGGCAGAGUCCUCAUAUGAUGGGCUUGGGUGGGGGUGGAACUGGUGAAUUUAAGGGUGCUGAUUUGAAGAGUAAGCAACAGCAGAUGAUGCGGGGUAAAGAUGAUGGUGGCUGUGCUGGGAGUUCUGGCCUGGGGGGUGUGUUGGGGGGCCUGUCCGAAGGUAAGCAGGUGAAGCGGAGCCGCACCCCUUCCAGUGAGAGUAAGUCAAAAGAUAAGCCCCCCAAGCGUAAGAAGAUGGACCCUGACAGCAAGUCUCCGUCUCACAGCACGGGCAGCCGACCCUACACCCCACCCAGCGGGGCUGUGGGCUCUGGCGUGCCCAUGAGCUGUGGAGGCUCCAAAUCCCCCGGGAGCUCUGGGAGGUCACAGACUCCUCCAGGAGGCGCCACACCACCUAUUCCCAAAAUUACCAUUCAGAUUCCAAAAUGCACCUUGUCAGGGGGCAAGACCUCCUCCCAUGGAGGAUACACAUCCAGCAGCUCUGCUGGGGGUAGUGGGGGCAGCCUGGGUGGAAGCAGCAGCAGCAAAAGCCACCACUCCCACUCGUCAUCAUCUUCGUCCUCCUCGUCAGGCAAAGUGAAGAGCAACAAAUCAGAGGGUUCUCUGGGUCAGAGCAAUAGCUCCAAACCAAGCAGCAGCGGAGGGGGCGGGGGGCCUGUGGGCUCCCAGUCAAAGGGCUCCUCGCAGGGGAUCAGCGUUGGAAAGCCAGGCUCAUCCCCAAUAACUAAACAUGGGCUGUCUGGCAUGGGGAGUGGGGGCAGCGGGGGAGGAAGUGGCAGCAAAAUGAAACCUCAGGGGGGAAAGCCCCCAGGAUCUCUCAUGAACCCAAACAUCAAGCCCAACAUCUCACCGUCGCAUUCUCGCUCUGGCACCUCCGACAAGCUCUCCUCUCCCAUGAAGCUGCAGCAGAGCCAGGUCCCCGUGACGCCACCAUCCUCCAAGGCAAAGUCACCCAUGGGCUCAGGCAGUGGGGGCUCUGGGGGUUCAAAGUCCUCCUCAGGAAUGAGCUCCCAGAAGCAGAUGAGUGGCUCCUCUUCCAGCUCCUCCUCCUCAUCAUCAUCAUCAUCAUCCUCCUCCUCUUCCAGCUCUUCAUCUUCUGGCACCAUGUCAUUUUCUGCAGCUUCGCAGUCACAGUACAGUGGUGGUGGGGGAGGUGGUGGUGGUGGCGGCGGCGGCAGCAGCAGCAGCAACAACAACCCCAAUGCCAAAGGCAAGUCGCCGAGCCGCAACAAAAAGCCUUCCCUCACAGCCGUGAUUGAUAAGUUAAAGAGUGUGGGAGGGGGAGGGGUGGGGGGUGAGGAAGGUGGCGAGGGAGGCUGUGGAGGUGGCAGUAGUUCUGGAGGAGGUGCGGGGAUUUCCUCAAAUGUUGGUCCCCCAUCCUCCAAGCAUGGAAUGUCCUCCCAAAGCACGGAAUACAUGAGUAAGCGGGAGAAGAUGGAGAAGGAGGGCAAAUCCAAAGUGUUGGUGUCAGGGAGCUCAGGGGACAAGAAGCCGCUGGAUUCGAAAAGUGGGGGUGCUGGAAGCACCGGGGUGGCCAAGAUCAUAAUCAGCAAGCCGGAUGGGGGGUCUCCAAGCAUCAAGGCCAAGGUAACUCUUCAGAAGCCUGGGGAGGGCACUGCUGAUGCUAUGCGUACCCAACUGCCAGGUCUCAAGGCUUCUCCCCUGUUCAGCGGCUCCACGCCCAAGCAUGACCGCUGCUCCCCCAGCCACAGCCGCUCUCCGGGGUACAUUCCUCUGAACCCCGACAGCGAGAGCGAGUCUGGCAGCAGCUCUGUGGCCGAGAAGUCGCACCAGAACAGCCCCAGCUCAGAUGAUGACCAGGCCCUGCGGCCCCUGCAGACCCCCCACGAGUACAUCAGUUCCACUCCAGUCAGCUCAGGCGAGAAGCACAAGAAACACAAGAAGGAGAAGAAGAAGCAGAAGGAAAGGGAGAGGGAACGGGACCGGGAGCGUGACAAAGAGAAAAAGAAGUCUUCCUCAUCCUGCAGCUCAUCUUCACACCCGCUCAAGCCUGACAGCUGGUCUCGCUCACCCAUCUCAGCACCAGACCCAACACUUUCCAUGCUGGGAUCAGAUCGUCCGGCCCGGCCCAGCCCUCCCUAUCUACACACCGAGGAUGAUGACCUCAUGGACUCCGCACUCACGGGUAACCUGGAACCCUUCAAAUAAGAUGCCUGUCACCGAGGGACUACGUCAGAUAGAUUGGCACCAAGCUGGCGCUUUCUAUCGUGGCGAUGUGGAGAUCAGCCGUGCAGGAAGCUGGGGCAAAAGGAGCAGCCUUUUUGCUUUAUUUUUAUGAAUAUUAGCUGAUGUGGUUAGCAGUGUUGCCUUACACCUCUUGGACCAGGGUUCGAGUCUCCACCUCGACUCUACAUAUGUGGAGUUUGCAUGUUCUCUCCUUGUUAUCAAGGGGUUUCCUCCAGGUACUCCAGUUUCCCCUCACAGUCCAAAAACAUGCCAAGAUUAACUGUAAUUUCCAAAUUGCGCAUAGGUGUGAGUGAAUGGUGUCUGAGUACGCCCUGUAGUGAAUUGAUAGCCCAAGGUUAUUCCCUGCAUAGGCACCGCACCCCCUCCCAACCCAGCAUACCACAAGUGGGUGUGGAAAAUGGAUGGACAGAAGUUCCUCAAAGACCAUCAGCAUGCUGGUUUUCAUCCCAGCCAAGUUCCUUUUUUCCUUUUAAAUGUAAAUGUACACUUCUCUUGAAUAUGGCCAACAAAGUUGUUUUACAUGCAGGGUAAGGUUUGAAAAGGGAAAAAAAACAAAUUGACUGUAUUUGUGAUCAUGAUAAUGUAUCGUGCACCAGGGCCUCUGGGCAUACAAUGAUUUAAUGCUGUUCAAUGCUUGUGUGAGUUGCAUGAUUAUCUAAACCCUGCUAUUUUAUCAUAUGUUCCUUUGGGAAAUCAAAUUCCCCCUGGAUGUUCUUUUUAAGAAAUUUCCUGUACUCUUUACUGCGGAGCCAAAAAAACUGCAUCCUAAUUAUGGUUACAGAGAUAGGACCAGUGUGACACAUUUGGAGAAAAAUUGCACAUAGUCUAAAAAUCAAAACUGAAUAUUUCUAAUUCAGUCUUAAACAUAACUUUUGCUUCUGUUGCCUAAUUUUGAGGCCAAACACAUUGCAACAUUGUUAUAGUAACAUACUAAAUUUUAUUUCUCUACUUUUGAAACUAAGGAGCAGGAUCUAAUAAUUUAUUUUUUUGUAGCAUGGAAGUUUUCAUUCAGUGGAUAAACUAUACAUUGUUUAAUCCUUAUUUUUUAUCUAUCUAAAGUUUGCAGAACUUAUUACUUAUGAUAGUUAUUUUUAAGAAUUGGUUUGGGAAGGUGUUCUGUGAACAGCUGUAGUAUUUUUACAUUUCUGUAAUCUGUCAAUUUUUUUAUGGAGUAUGUUACAUUGCUGAGUUAAACUUUUAAUUGUUGUACAGGUCCCCCCUCACACUUCUGUGUCACGUAUUGUGUAAUUGAAGAUAUCUUUGCUUUUCAACAAAGUAGAAAGUGGCAUUACCUGGAAAUAUGCAUUUACUGAACUUAAAAAAAAAAAAAAAAUGGUCUUUUUACCAAUGGAUUUCUUUGAACUCUAUUAUUUAACUGAGAAACAAAAACGGGCUGGAAGGGGGUGCAGCAAAACAAAACCUGCAUUAGUGUGAAAUGAAAUGCAACACAAUUGUCUUCUGAGGAUUAUGUUUUUAUAAAACAAAAAUGAAGUACAGAUGUACAUGCAUUGUACAUUGUUAGUUAUGAUUCUAUGUUUGUUUUCCUUUGAUUGGAAUUAGAAAUUUAUAUAAAAUUUCAUUCACCGUG